UUGUCUCAGGAGGGACAGGACGUGUAAGCCUUGUGGUUUCCCAGGCUGUGCUCUCCGACUUGAGUGAUCCGCAGACGCCCUCGCGCGGCUCCAGCCUCUGUCGAGGGAUGCUCAGUUUGGAGCUGGGUUGGGUUAUUCCCAAUUGUCAGUUCAGAUCAAAGACAGCGCGUCUUAAAACAUUUACUGCUAACCAGAUUGAUGAAAUAAAAGAUCCUUCAGGACUCUUCUACAUCCUUCCCUUUCAGAAGGGCUACCUGGUGAAUUGGGAUGUCCAGCGGCAAGUUUGGGAUUAUCUUUUUGGAAAAGAAAUGUAUCAGGUUGAUUUUUUAGAUACUAAUAUUAUUAUAACAGAACCAUAUUUUAACUUCACUUCAAUUCAAGAAUCAAUGAAUGAAAUUCUAUUUGAAGAAUAUCAGUUCCAAGCAGUAUUAAGAGUAAAUGCUGGAGCUCUUAGUGCACACAGGUAUUUCCGAGAUAACCCUUCUGAAUUAUGCUGCAUCAUUGUAGAUAGUGGCUAUUCCUUCACACACAUAGUUCCCUACUGUAGAAGCAAAAAGAAAAAAGAAGCGAUUAUUCGGAUAAACGUGGGCGGAAAACUCUUAACGAACCAUCUAAAAGAGAUCAUAUCCUACAGGCAGCUGCAUGUUAUGGAUGAGACUCACGUGAUUAAUCAGGUGAAAGAAGACGUAUGCUAUGUGUCUCAGGAUUUCUACAGAGACAUGGAUAUUGCUAAGUUAAAAGGAGAAGACAAUACAGUGAUGAUUGACUAUGUUUUACCUGACUUCAGUACAAUUAAAAAGGGCUUUUGUAAGCCAAGAGAAGAGAUGGUACUGAGUGGAAAGUAUAAGUCUGGGGAACAGAUUCUUCGCCUCGCCAAUGAGAGAUUUGCUGUUCCAGAAAUACUCUUCAAUCCUUCUGACAUUGGCAUUCAGGAGAUGGGGAUCCCGGAAGCUAUUGUCUAUUCAAUUCAAAACCUACCUGAAGAAAUGCAGCCACAUUUUUUUAAGAACAUUGUCUUGACGGGAGGAAAUACACUUUUCCCGGGAUUCAGAGAUCGGGUUUACUCAGAAGUUCGGUGUUUGACGCCAACAGAUUAUGACGUUUCAGUUGUGUUGCCAGAGAACCCUAUUACGUACUCCUGGGAAGGUGGAAAGUUGAUAUCUGAAAACGAUGACUUUGAAGAUAUGGUGGUUACGAGAGAUGAUUACGAAGAAAAUGGACAUAGUGUCUGUGAAGAGAAAUUUGAUAUUUAAGAAACAUUUCUGGAUGAAAGUCUUGAGAAGUUUAAUUUCAAAGUUCCUUUUAAAGGAGGUUAAAGACUGUGCUAUUUUUCAUCUUAAGGUCUUGAACCUAUAUAAGUAUUCUGAGUCAUAGUGGAUGUUCGCAGGCUUCUUAGGUCAUUACAGCAAACUGUAGUUCAGCCCAUGUUUCAUUUAGUAGUAGUGGCUAUGACAAUACUUAAACUGUGUCUGAGAAUAGAUUAUUUUUCAUGAGGAAGUAAAAGAGUAAAUGUUUAAUUCUUCAUACUUGAAAACAAAAUUUAAAUAUCUCACCAGUCUUCCUUAGAAGAUGCUGUGUACUUUUGACUGUGCUUGGCUGAAGUGUUUACAGACUGAUAUGAUUAUGCUCUCUUAGAACUAUGUAUUUUAUUUAGUUUGUUAUUCUUAUUUGUACAUAAUAAAGUUGAAAAGAUGAAUAUUAAA